AUGCCCGGAAUCUCGCAAAUUGCUGGGAAAGUGCGUAGUGCGCUUCACAGGUCUGACUCAACUUCAAGCUCCAGUUCCGAUGAUGUUGCACCAUCGCCCCCUUCUUCACCUGGACCCAAGCAAGAAGGAAGAGGACUUCAUGGCAAACUUGCGCAUUCUCUACAAAUCAUAGUCCAAAACUCAGAAAAGUCGGAGAGCCCUGGGUCGAACACAAGAAACUAUGUGAUGGACCGGAAGACCAAGGAAAAGAAAUUUGAAGACAUGCCUAUCUAUGUUCGUAUUGGUAUGCACCUUCUAUUUAAUCAAUCGUACCUAUCGCAAACCCUUCUCGGUGAAAAACGAGUCGACAAGCUUCUCAAAGACCAGUCUUUCAAACAGGGCCAGAUUUACGACCGAGAGGAUCCGGCUAUUGUGCAACCACAUAUACAAUCAUUCGUUGAAACAUACGAAAUUGAUACUUCUCAGUUGCUUCAACCAGAUUUGAAUGCAUACAAAACAUUCAACGAGUUCUUUGCACGUAGGCUGAAACCUGAUGCUAGGCCUAUCGAUGCUCCCCAUGAUCCCACUAUAAUAACAUCAGUAGCCGAUUGCCGCUUGACGGUAUGGAACAAUGUGACCACUGCAACCAAAGUAUGGGUCAAAGGAAAGCACUUCUCAGUACCUGAAUUGUUGGGUGACGCGAAAUUAGCCGAGGAAAAGUUUGGUGCCAACCCCUCAUUGGCUAUAUUUCGUCUUGCCCCUGCCGACUACCACCGGUUCCACAGUCCGUGCACAGGGACUUUUAGCGCUCCCACUAGUCAAGGUUCAAAGUAUUAUACUAAUCCACAAGCUGUGAACACCGAAUUAGACGUAUUUACGGCAAACCGCCGAGAUAUUCGAGUCAUAGAAUCCAACAUCCCUUCCGCAUCUGCUUUGACAACACCAGUUGGCUUCGUCGCAAUUGGCGCACUACUCGUUGGGUCUAUUGGUUGGACCGAUAGAUCUGAGGGUUAUAGGGCGGAAAAAGGUGACGAUAUUGGGUGGUUCCAGUACGGAGGGAGCACUGUGAUUAUCGUGUUUCCCAGCGAUCAUAUUAAAUGGGAUGAUGACUUGGCUGAUGCCAGCGAACAAGGAAUUGAGGUCCAAGCUCCUGGAUCCGCUCUCAACCGCUUCGCAAAGCGUGAUCCUCAACUCUACCCUCUGGCGGCUAUUAUGCUCGCCAUCACAGCGACCGGUGGUUAUUUCCUCGCACAAAAGUCGCAGACCCAUGAUGCUGCCAAGUCAUUUGGUACUAUCACACCCGCAUGGGAGGCGCACAAGCCUGGUGAUAACGUCAGUGAAUGGAAGCACCGUUUCAAGACCCGCCGCGGCGUUGAGGGCGAUUUGGGCACCAUCUUGAGUCAGGGUGAAGGCUCGGAUCGGGCCACAGUGAAUACAACUACAACUACUCCUUCGCCUACUCCUAUUGUCGACCCCAGUAAACCGGUCUACAAUCGUCUGGCUGACCGUGCGCAUGACCUCCUCUGA